ACCCCUGGGGGUCAUAAUUGUCAAAUUUAAAUCUGCACUACCUGAGGAUGCUUCCAAAGAGGUUUAAGCUUUCCUGGCCAAAUGGUUCUUGAGAAGAAGAUUUUUAAAGAUUUCUCAAAUUUUUUAAAUAAUUCCUAAUUAUCUCCCCUUGUAAAAGGGUGUGGUCCUUAAUUUUCACAAAUUUGAAUCCCCUUUGCCUAAGGGUACAAUGUGCCAAGUUUGGUUGAAAUUGGUCAAGCGGUUCUUGAGAAGAUGUUGAAAAUGUGAAGAGUUUACGGACAAACGGACGGACGGACGGAGAGACGACGGACAACAGACAAAAUGUGACCAGAAUACUGUAGAUCACCUGAGCUUUCAGCUCAUCUGAGUUAAAAAGUAUUCCAAAAUGUUAAUGUAUAUGUGACGAUGAGAGGACGAUAGCAAAUUUUAUUAACUCACGAGGUAGCAAAAACUUCCCAAGAAACAUCUUAAAACAUUCAUUGCAAUGGGGACAAUACACUUAUCCCUAUAAAGACACAAACAAUAAAAUAUAUAACGGGAGUGAUAAGACAGCUCAAAAAUAACAUUAAUAUUUUAAUUUUAAUAUGUAUAUUUCUUUUAAAAGAUGAGAAAAAUAAGUUUUCUAGUAUUUAAACAUCAACAUUUUGAUAUUAAACAUACAUUAUGUUAUACUAAAUGCUAACAUUAAACUAGUGCACGUUUAUCAGGCAGAUUGUAAAAUUUAUGUUACGAAUUGCCAUAAGAAAAUUUAUUUUAAGAGCAAGAUAUACGUUUGUAUAAGUCAAAAAUACAUACAUAAAUCACAUAAUUUGUUAUAUGUCGACAAAAUUACAUGCAAAUAAGUUGAUUAUAAAUAAAAGAAAAAUUAUAUUUUGCUAGCUGUUUGGCACAUUAACGACCGUUUUUACAGGUUUUUGUGCAUUAAUUGAAAAGGUAUAAUUCGAUGUUGCUAUACUAGAGAAUAUAUGUACAAUGUAUAAUCUAAUUUUCUUUUAAUUAAAUGAAGUCAAAUUUUCUACAUUUCUGACAGUUGCUAAUCGGUAAAUUAAACCAUUACAGGCAAUUCUACAGCCCUUGCAAAAUGUCUGGAUUUUAACGAAUACUUCCUUUUUGACAGAUUAAAGUCAUUUUAAGCAGAAAUGCUAAAUUUCCUUAUAUCUUUACACAUAAAAAUUAACAGACAUGGCCCGAGGAUUAUUAGAUCAUUUAUCGGAAAGCAAGGAGGACAACGAUGUUAAUCCUGGUCCUUGUUUCGCUCUUUGUUCCUAUUGAAAUAAUUGAAGGAAAGAAAUGCAGCGAAUUGAGUUGCUGCGCUGGUUACAGGUUCGAUUCGUCCGGAAACUGUGUUGUCUGUCCGAGCGGACUACACGGAGUUCAGUGUUCGACUCCCUGUGCUAAAGGUUUCUAUGGAGAACUAUGCACAGGCCGCUGUGAGUGCUCGGAUGAGCUUUGCAAUGCCACAGUUGGGUGCCUUCAAAGACAAGAUACGAGUCUUCCAAAUACUAGCAGUCUUUCCACAGCCAUUCCUAUCACAAUUGGCGUCCUAGGUUUAUUCGGUGUAAUCAUCACGUUUUUGCUCUUUAUAAUGGAACAACUUUCGAAGCGUCAGGUUUCGCAGAGGACGUCAAAAGACAAUGUUUAUGAUGUUGUGCGCAACACAUCGAAAGGCAACAGACAUACAUGUACCAGUGGCACGGACUUAAAACCCAUGGACAACUCGCCGCCACCUCUGUAUCCAAAAGACUUUUAAGAUUGUGCCAUUGAAUUCAAUCAUUCUACCAAAAUGAUAUUUCUACCUAUAAUUAUACGUGAACCAAUGUCGCAAAAUGCAUGAGCGUGUUGUAUUUGUGUCAUAAAG